UUCAACAAAAGCUUAUAUUGAGAUGAAUUGCUACACUGAUGGAGAAUAUGAUUGGAAAAAGCUAGUUCGAUUAACACUUUUAGAAAUCUAUGGAGCAGAAAUAACAAAAUAUAGUGCAACAGGAAAAAGUGUUAAUAGUCGGCCACCUAUUAAUUACCGAUUAUUUCAAGCACUUUUUGAAUGGGCAAAAAGUUUGUUAAAUGACGGUGUAAAUUUGACAAAGGCCGAUUAUAUCAACUUGAUAAAUAAAGUGGCUUCCAACAAAAGAAAAUACGAAAAGAAACAAGAGCAAAGUAUUAAAAAAGUCAAAUUAAGUGAGGAACGAUUUAUAAAAGCAAAUACUUUUCAACAUCAACAUCAAUCUGAUGAGAAAUCUCCACAACAACGACAACAGCAUCAGCAAGAAACUCGACCUUUCAUUCAACCUUAAUUUGAUCCUAAACCUAAAAACAAACAUCAAUCUCAAUCUCUCUUUCCACUUCAAUCUUCAUCUGAUUCGAAACCUGAAAAUCAACCACAAUCUCAACCUCAAUCUAAUGCUAAAAGUCAGAAUGAAAUUCAAUAUCAACCUCAAUAUGAU